CGAAAAUAGUCGAAAUGCUCUGCACUUUCAUUGUGGUAGCAGCAACAUUUCCUGCAGUCGUAAGAGGUGCUCAGGAGUGCGAUGGAGGUAGUAUGGAAAGUUCGGACGUCAACGAGAUUCUCAAUAGAAUCAAUGAAAUGCGUUCAAGUGUAAUUCAAGGAAAUCAGAAGAACGGACAAGGACAGGAGAAGCUGCCGGCCGGAAAAUAUAUGACUCAAAUUAAUUGGAGUUGUGACCUAGAAAAGGAAGCCAUGGGUGGUACAAACGCAGAUUGUAGCGAUCCUACAGCGCCAUCUGGCAAGAGUGGAUUCUAUAAGAAAGACUCCGAAGAUACUUUUAUCUCAGCAUCAUAUUACGUUGAAAAUUGGUUAAGGCGUAUUGAGGAUUUUCCUUUGACCGAUUAUAAGGAUGGCGCGGUCAAGUAUUCUGGAGCCAUAAGUACGAAGGAAUUUGCAAACCUCAUUAAUCCAGAGGCAACUGAGAUUGGUUGUGCUUUUGGAUCGUGUUCAGACAGUGGUGAUAGCAUGUUCACUGUCUACUGCCUUACAAAUAAGGAUCCGCUGGCCUGCUCCUACGACAGGGGAAAAUGCGUUAAAAUGCAAGGGCAAAAAAAAGCAUUCAGUUUUCGAGCAGUUCUACACCAAAACAAGAAUUUUACAAACUCUUUUUGUUACAGAUGAUUGGUGAAUGGUACACAAAUAACAAAUAAAUAAUGCGA